AACUGCCGGAAUAUCAAAUUCGUCAACUGUGUCACGCAUCCCGAGAAUUGUUUCUUAAUCAACCUAUGUUGGUUGAGCUGGAAGCCCCGGUGAACAUCGUAGGAGACAUACAUGGGCAAUAUGGCGACCUCUUGCGGCACUUUGAAAAAAUAGGCUAUCCUCCUGAUGCUAAUUAUCUAUUCCUUGGAGAUUACGUUGACAGGGGGCGCCAGUCCUUGGAGACCAUAUGCCUCGUGCUAGCCUACAAAAUCAAGUAUCCUAACAACUUUUUUCUCUUAAGAGGAAACCACGAAUGCGCCAGCAUCAACAGAAUAUACGGAUUUUAUGACGAAUGUAAAAGAAGAUACAGCAUUAAACUUUGGAAGACCUUCACCGAUUGCUUCAACUGCCUGCCAAUAGCUGCCUUAGUAGAGGGUACGAUAUUCUGUAUGCAUGGUGGCCUCUCACCGGAUUUACUACAUCUGGAACAGCUUCAACACAUACCCCGUCCAAUCGACGUUCCUGAUCAUGGCCUUGUUUGUGAUUUACUGUGGUCAGACCCGGAUGAGGACAUAACAGGCUGGGGAGAAAAUGACAGAGGUGUAUCGUAUACUUUUGGUGGGGAUGUAGUUCGGACUUUUCUACAAAAACAUGACCUCAGCUUGAUCGUACGGGCUCAUCAGGUUGUAGAAGAUGGAUACCAAUUCUUUCAGAAACGACAGCUUGUAACAAUAUUCAGCGCCCCUAAUUACUGCGGAGAGUUUGAUAACGCUGCAGCUGUCAUGACAGUAUCAGAAGAUCUUACUUGCUGGUUCACAAUCCUGCCGCCUGACAAAUCGAGGCUCUUCAUUCAAUCGCCUGGAAGUAAGAAUUGACACCAGAUAACUUACAAAUCUUUCAACAAAACAUUCUGAUGAACAUUCAAAGUCAACUGAUCCACAGUCUACAUACAGGACCUCUUGAGAUUCUUGUUCAUAUCGACAGAGAAGAUAAACUAUUUUGAUACGAGGCCAGUAUGCAGCGAAUCAUCGAAUCUAAUGUAAAAACCAAACUGAUAACUGCAAAACAAGGUUUUAUUGUCCUCAAAGAUAUGUUCAAAACCACAUUUUCGCUAAUUCAUGGUUAUGGCAAUGCUGCAUUUUAAUUCUACAAAUUAUAUAUAUAUAACAUUUAAAUAAUAAAAUUUCAAGUAUAAUAUUUAUAAUGCAGAAUAUAUUAAACACAACCACUAAUAUGGCUUUGUCAAACUAUUAAUAUUUUUCUGCAACAGUUUUUUUAUAGAACACAAAAACUCUUAAAGAGAAUUCAGUCUUCGUUUUUUCACAUAAUAAUAUUUAUUGAAUGGAAAAUUAAACCAUGAAUUAUUUAGACUGUUUCAAAACAAAGUCACAAAUCGAGUCCCGGGUUUUAACGUUGUAAGUUCGUACAUUUACUGCUGUUCCAGAGGGGCACAUGAACGAACCAGUGUAAAUGUUCUGAAUAUGAAAUCAUGAUGACGCAUAUGCUCUUAGUAACAAAUCGUAAUAAUGCAAAUGUUGUAAACAAAUAUAACGGAGAUAACACUAAAUUCACGAGCUAGGAUUGUGAACUACGUUUAGUGUGUUAACAAUGAAAAGUAUGAAUAUGAAUAUAACUUGCGUGUUUAGAUGAAAUUUUGUGAUGGUUAUUGUAAGAUGUUUUGUGCUGAUGCAUGUAAAGUAAAUCUAUUUUAGUUGAUAUAGUCGUAAUUUAAAUGUAAAAAUGUGCUCAAAGAACUAAACAUAAAGCAAUCGAAUAUAAUAAUAAAGUCUCGAAGUGAACCUCUUCUAAGUUGUAUACCGCUACAAAUACAAAAUACCGGUCUUUAAAGCUUUAUACUUUUAAUUUUUUUCUGUUUACAACGAACCGAAUCUAACUUUCAAGCAGUGUUGCAACACAAAAUUCAGAGGUAAAAAAAAUGAAAGAGUAAAUGUGUUUGUAAAACUGACUCACCC